CAGAGUCACUUAGACCCGUCUUUGUUGUUGCUGUUGACUGAGUUGGGUUCAGUUUCGGUUCGUGUCCAAACAAUAACCUGUCAAGUCAAGUCUCUUUUGCCCUCCUCUGUCUAUCUAUCCACCGACGCCCGAACUCGAAAAAAAACUCCACAAAAGCUUCCGAGCUCUAGUGCCAAUGGCGGGUUUGACAAUUUCACCUCCUCUCAGUCUUUAAUUCUCUUCUCAAACUAGAAACUCUAAACCCAAUUCAUAUGAUCUAUCUCACAAUCAAAGAAAUCUAACAAAACGUAUAGUUUCUGCGCUUCCGAGUCCGUAUGUCGAUUGAUUGAAUGCUGGACUUUCGAGUAAUGUCUCUGCAAAGAUUGGCAACAAGGAUCAUCAUAGCAUUGAUCCAAGGUCACUCUCACUGUUUAUGUAUCUAACUGUCUUUGUUUCUUUGACUGUAUGUCUUGGAUAAAGCCUAAAGUUGGAACAGUAGCGUUUGGAGUAGCAGCGAGUCAAGGAGCACUUCUUCUUGCUGGAGGUGGGAAAGGGAUGCGCUAUGCAAUGCCUAACACUCGUGUCAUGAUCCGUCAACCUCAAACUGGAUGUGGAGGGCAUGUGGAGGACGUGAGGAGACAGGUGAAUGAAGCCAUUGAAGCACGACAAAAAAUUGAUAGGAUGUAUGCAGCCUUCACUGGACAACCUCUUGAGACACUGCAGCAGUACACUGAAAGAGAUAAUUUUGAAGCUAUGGUUCAAAAGCAGCGACGAGCCACAACUCUUGGACAUUGUCAUUGUUCCUCAUAAUCCUUAUGUACCAUUUGUUGGAUUUCAUUUUCUUUUGCAGGCGCUUGAGUUUGGACUUAUUGAUGGUCUAUUGGAAACAGAAUACUGAGACACCAUUCAAGAGAAGGCACAUAGACAGAGUUCAUUGCAUGUUCAAAGCUUCUAUCAUUCAUUUGAAUAUGAACAGUAAUUUACAUUUUUGCAUACAUCAGUUUUGUUUUCUUGGUUUUUUACUGUCUACUAAGCAGAAUACCAAUCUGUCACAUUUCUUUUUGAGCUUAAACAAUCUCAAACCUAACUUUUGGU